AUAACUCAUCCUCCUUCUUCUCUCUCAAGUUCUUCCUCACUCUUCAUUCUUCUUCUUCUUCUCAUACAUAAAAUGUUAAAAAUGUUGUCCAAAAUGGCUAUGUGCAAAUCCCAUGGGCAAGAUUCUUCUUAUUUUAUUGGAUGGCAAGAAUAUGAGAAAAACCCUUAUGAUCCUUUACAAAAUCCUUCUGGUAUUAUUCAAAUGGGUCUAGCUGAAAAUCAGCUCUCUUUCGAUCUUCUUGAAUCAUGGCUCGCAAGGAACCAAGAUGUAAUUCAGUUUAGAGAAAAUGGAGGAUCCAUGUUUAGAGACUUGGCUCUUUUUCAAGAUUAUCAUGGAUUGCAAGCUUUCAAGAAUGUACUAGUGUCAUUCAUGGCUGAGAUUAGAAGAAAGAAAGUAAAAUUUGAUCCCAAGAAUUUAGUACUGACAGCUGGUUCAACUUCAGCAAAUGAAAUACUCAUUUUUUGUUUAGCUGAACCUGGAGAAGCUCUCCUUAUUCCAACUCCUUAUUAUCCAGGGUUUGAUAGAGAUCUUAAAUGGAGAACAGGGGCUGAAAUUGUACCAAUACACUGCUACAGUUCAAAUAAUUUCCGAAUUACCGAAUCAGCCCUUGAAGAAGCAUAUGAACAAGCCCAAAAACGUAAUUUAACAGUCAAGGCAGUAUUCAUCACAAAUCCUUCAAAUCCACUAGGCACAACAAUGUCACGCAACGAACUAAACAUUCUAAUCACAUUUGCCAUGACAAAAAAUAUUCACAUAGUUAGCGACGAAAUAUACGCUGGUACAGUAUUCGAUUCUCCAAAAUUCAUAAGCAUAAUGGAGGCAUUAAUCGAUAGGAAACUCGAAAAAUCGAAAAUGUGGAACCAAGUUCACAUUGUAUCGAGUCUAUCGAAGGAUCUCGGCCUUCCAGGUUUCAGAGUUGGGAUGAUUUAUUCGAACAACGAAACUCUCAUAGCUGCUGCUACAAAAAUGUCGAGUUUUGGGCUAAUUUCAUCGCAAACUCAGUAUCUAUUGUCUAAAAUUCUCGGAGAUAGGAGAUUUAUAAAACGUUACAUUAAAGAAAAUAAGAAGCAAUUGAUACAUAGGAGGGAAAUGCUCGCUUCAGGGCUCGCAAAUUCGGGGAUUGAAUGUUUGGAAAGUAACGCUGGAUUGUUCUGUUUUGUGGAUAUGAGGGAUUUGCUAAAAUCAAACACGUUUGAAGCAGAAAUGGAAUUAUGGAAGAAAAUAAUUAGUAAUGUUGGUUUAAAUGUAUCUCCUGGUUCCUCUUGUCACUGCAGCGAACCGGGUUGGUUCAGAGUUUGUUUCGCGAAUAUGUCAAAAGAAACACUAGACCUCGCGAUGCAGAGGAUUAAUAAUUUUGUUAAUUCUGACAGAGAUAUCCGUCAGAAUCUUCGUCAGCAGCCGCCACGAUCUGUGAGGGCUGCUGGCUCAAGGAGGAGAAGAACAAUUGCGAAUUGGGUUGUUAAAUUAUCAUCAGGUGAUGGAAGAACAGAUCGUUGAAAGGGAAAUUGAAGAUAUAUUAAUUCUAUUAUUGUUGUGUUUGAUGUAAUUUGAAAGUUGUAGUAUAGCUAGGGAGCAUAUAUGUAUUUAUUAGUAUUAUAUUAUUGUGUAGAGUUAUGUGAUGUUUCAGAUAUGGUCAGCCUACAUGGUAGCUUUCAU